AUAAUCAUGUGACUAAGAUUGCAUACUCGCUUUAACGAAUAAAACAAUUUAAAGAAGCCAUAUUUGAUAACUUUCAUUGUUUUCGAGGAAUACUUAUUUUGUGAUUAAAGGUAAUAAGAAAUUUCCUUGAUGUAUGACCGCAGCUUCGAAAAAUGGCUGAUCCAUUGGAGAUGAGUCUGGACGAAUAUAUCAGGAAGAAACAAAUCAGGGUGAGGGAUCCAAUGAGGAUGGGAAGGAUGCAGCAGGGCAGCCCUAUAUCUUACAGAUCGAGAGGAGAUUCCGGAUGGGGCAGGCGGCAAAUGGGUAGGAAGUGGAGGUAUGAUGACGAUGAAGAAGAAGAGGAUGGAUUCGACGAAGAUGAAAUGGAUGAUUCAAGAUGGCAAACUGGAAGACACAACAGACGAAACAACUUCGGGUUACACAAUAGUGAAAACAGGAGGUGGCUUCUGGAAGCUGCAAGAAGACAGGAAGCAGCAGCCAGAGAACAGGAUAACAUUCAGGUACAAGGAGAAUCCAAGCUGUUCAUCUACAACCUCCAUUCGGACGUGUCCAACAACGAUUUGAAGGAGCUCUUCUCCGUCCUGGGAACAGUGAAGGAGGUCACAGUUCACUACGACAGGCUCGGGAGGUCGACAGGAUCUGCCGAUCUGGUCUACGAAAAGAGGUCGAACGCUCUGAGAGCCAUCCGGGAGUACAACGGAAUGCCUCUGGACGGCCUCCAGAUGAAGAUAGAACUGCUACGAUCUGCGGAGGAACUUGGUAUCCCGAGGACUGGCAGUCAACGGCAGAAGGCGAUGGCGAAGUACCGUCGUGAGAGAUAGAGCAAGCCGUCUGAUUCACAGUAAACAAUAUAAAAAUAAUAAUAU